AUGAUUGAUGCUUCCUGCCUGUUCGAUUCGGAAGAAGAAGAAGAUGACGAGUCUAAAAAGAAAACUCCUGAAGAGCGAAAAUUUAUAUUUAGAAGAGAAUUGAGAGCAAUGCUGUAUGGAUUUGGUGAUGAAAAGCAACCAGCAGAAAAUACAUUGGAAGUUUUGGAACAGAUAGUGAUGGACUAUAUUAGAGAAGUGUGUAGAAAAGCUUUGGAAGUUGGCAAACCAAAUCGAAUAAAUUUGGAAGAUAUUCAUUAUUUAAUACGAAGAGACCAAAAGAAAUUUGGGAGAGUCAAGGAGCUUUUAUCUUUAAGUGAAGAAUUGAAAAGAGCUCGAAAGGCGUUUGAUGAUGUUAAAGAAAUUUGA